AUGACCAAUCUCAGCGUUAUCUCAAAUACAUUCCUUGAUUAUCUGCGUCUUGAAGACCUGAUGCAUAUCUCAGAUAAAGAAGAACUGAGAACCAUUUAUAAAAAUGAAUUUAAACAGAAAUAUCCCAUGCUGAAAGGUUCAUUUUCAGCUGUUUUUUAUAAUAUGAAAUUCAGGAAAAAAAUAUAUUUUGCCAAGAACGAAGUCAAGUUCAGGAAUGUUGGUGGGUAUCAUCCUCUUGCUGUUGAUCAGUACACAUCACUCAACAACCAAAGGCGUCACCAAUAUAGAGAACAGGAGCAAAAACAUGACGGCGAUGAAGCUCAACAACAACAACAGCAACAGCAGCAGUCACAGUUACAAAGAUGGAGAUGUCGUGUGUGUGGGGUGAGAUGUAAUUCUGAUAUAUCAUUUCAAGAACACAUAGAUAGCAAGCGACACAGACAACAGCUUAUACUUAAAGUGUUAAAAAUGGACAGAGACAAGCUUAUUGCAAAUAAAAAUGGUGUUCGUAUAUGUUCAGAUUGUGAUGGAGAUAAAGGAGCUAUUCAUCUUAAUGUGAUGAAGAAAGAGAGAAAAAGUGUUGAUAUUAAAGUUACUAAUUACAG